UGAUAGAUCAUAAUCAGUAACAGGGCCUCAUUCCACUCCAUUCAAUUCAAUUUGAAAUUUCAAGCCGGUAACCGAGCAAUCUGCGGUUAUUAAAGCCAAUUUGUACUUUAAAUUUGAUGUGGGACAUCAUUAAUUCUCAAAAAAGCAAAGGUAAAAGAUGGAAUGUUCGAUUAAACAAACAAAAAAGCACCCUCUUGCUAUACGGAUCCAUGCUUUCUCGAUUAUUGCACACAACCUGUUCGACAAAAUGUCUCAACCAUCAUUAACCUUGUCUUUAUGUCUAGUUUUAUUCACCUUAAAGUUAUACUGGUACUCUCCCCAUAUAUUAUGGCACCAAAUCUGGAUAUUAGUUAUACAAACCAUACAAUUGGUAACCAAGAUCAGUGUAGGGUGGUAUGUUACAUACAAAUGGUUAAAAGCAUACUCAUGGUGGGGUCAUUUGUGGUUUUAGUAAACAGUUACAAGACUCAAAAAGUAGGAAUCUUGAAAGCAAUCUGGUUUAUUCUUCAUUCUGCUUUAAUUGUCAUCUUUUUCUUUAAUUAUAUAGUUUAUAUGAUACAUGGGACCAAUUGGUAUCUGGUGAGAUGGUUGUUGUUGGAUGAUAAUGGGUUGUCCUGUGGCACUCAAAGAUUACCUUUUUAUUGGGGCAGAAAAUAGCAUUGAAAGAGACAUAAUUAUCACUUUUUUUUGUGUGUUUAUAAUCAAGCAAUGGUCCAAAAGAUGGCCUAAUUUGACUCGGUUUCUUGCUUAUAUAUCUCCUGCCGGCUAUCGUUUCUGGGUCCGUUUGAAUUUGAUUUGGGAUAAGACAAGAGGCAUGGUUAUGUAUAACAAGUUCUUGAUAUUUUGAAUUUGGGUAAACGGAUCAUUCAUGGUUCCUGCAGGGAAACCUUUGGGAUUCUAUAAUGAAGGCAAUGACUGGUUUUGUAAUGCAGGUCUGCCAAGUGAUCUCACUAUUGUCAUAGAUGAAGUAAACUUCCAUCUGCACAAGUUUCCUCUACUAUCAAGAUCAGGGAAAAUAGAAAAGUUGAUCAAAGAAACUCAAAAUAAUGAUAACGAUAACGAUAAAGAUAAAGGAACUUGCUUCAUUACUUUAAACGAAAUUCCUGGUGGUGCUGAUGGAUUUCUGGUGGCGGUUAAAUUCUGUUACGGCGUUCCUGUGGAACUUACUCCGAGAAAUAUUGUCAUGGUGUAUUGUCUCGCAGACUAUCUUGAAAUGAUCGAUGUGUAUGGAGACGAUAACUUAUUCUCCAAGGCAGAGAAUUACUUCCACAAGAAUGUACUAAAAAACUGGAAAGAUUGUAUGGUGGCUCUUCAAAACUGUGAGACUUUCGCAACAAAAGCUGAUGAUCUGAAAAUAAUAUGUAAAUGCUUGAAUGCCAUGUCAACAAUGGUUUGUACGGAUUCGAGUUUGUUUGGAUGGCCAAUGAUGAUGUAUGGUCGGUUACAAAGCCCUGGUGGUAGCAUUUUGUGGAAUGGGAUUGAUACCGGUGCGAGAAUCCAAAGCCCGGAAUCUGAUUGGUGGUUUGACGAUGCGUCGUGUCUUGGUGUUGCUUUAUUUGAGAGGUUUGUAAAAACGUUGGAAGCUAGAGGUAUUCCGCCUGAGAAACUAACAGGAGCUAUUAUGUACUAUUGCGGAAAACAUCUUCAUGGUUUAGGCAGAUGGCAAGGCGCGCAAAUUACAAAAACUAAAUCAAUAGCAAACUUUAGCACAAAAAGUGACACAAUAGAUCAAAGAUUUCUACUAGAAACCAUCGUAGAACUUCUCCCACAAACAAAGGGCAAGUCUAUAUGUCGUUUCUUGUUGGGACUUUUACGUGUCGGUUUAAUAUUAGGCGUUGACGCUAAAUGUCAAGAUUCGCUUGAAAGGAGGAUAGGCAUGCAGUUGGAUCUCGCUACGCUAGAUGGCCUAAUGAUUCCUAGUUAUUCUGAUUCUGAUACAUUAUAUAACACCGAAUGUGUUGAAAGGAUUAUUAGUUAUUAUUUAACUUCUGAAGAAACGGGUAGUACACUAUCUUCGUCGUUAAUUCCUUCGAGUAAUGUUUCUAAGCUUGUAGAUAGUUAUAUGGCGGAGAUUGCAUCAGAUGUGAACUUGAAACCUGAGAAGCUGCAUUCACUCGCACAGGCUCUUCCGGAAUCUUCUAGAUCUUUAAGCGAUGGAUUAUACCGAGCUGUGGAUAUAUAUUUUGAGGCUCAUCCAUGGUUGCCUGAGAAAGAAAAAGAACAACUCUGCCACAUCAUCGACUGCAAGAAACUAUCUAUUGAUGCUUGUGCUCACGUUUCUCAAAACAAUCGCCUCCCACUUAGAUUUGUCCUCCAAGUGUUGUUUUUCGAGCAGUUUCAUAUGAAAACAGCGCUAUCGGACUGCCUUAACAUGCUGAAUAGCGAAAAUACCCCCACAGGUCCAAUGGCCGUUGUUCCACAUGAUUCUGCCAUGGCUAGCCAAAUAGACGGGUGGGUGAGUUUGGUUCGUGAAAACCAGGGACUAAGAGUAGACAUGGAAAGAAUGAUGGCUCGAGUGCAUGAACUUGAAGAGGAGUUGGGUAAAAUGAGACUAGAGCUUAAAAGGUUGAGUUGAAACCUAGUUUCUUUAAAACUAAGAUGGUCUUUGUGUUAUCUUGAAAAAUAAUUUAAGUAGUACUGUUGUACGGGUACCAAGAAAAUCCAUUCAAGAAACAUUAUUGGUCUUGUAUGGAUUUUCUUGAUUCCUUAUACAUUGUUUUCGAUCAACAAACGGGACUCCAAUGUCCGUAAUGUAAGAGAAGACUACUUUCAACUCUAUUUCAUAUAUUCAUAUUACCUUGGCUUA